UCUGUUGCAUGGUCCGUUUUAUGUAAUGUUGAAUCUGAAUUAUUGAACCGAUGGCUUGAGCCGCUUGACUUUAGGUUGUGGGACGCGAGAACAGGAACAAUUGUUGGGACGCUUGAGGCCAAAUCCUCUGUAACAAGUGCUGAGUUUGAUCCUCCAACUAGAGAAGUUCAUAUUCAUCUUGCUACUGUGGGACCUGAAGAGCCGCAUGCAGCAACCUUGAGCUUCCCCCCCCCACCCGAAAUUGCACAGAGGACUGCUGAAAAAUGGGCUCCGCUAUUUCAUCUUGCGAACAAAGUCCCUCCUAAU